AUGUCAACACAUAAAGAUCCAUUGGGCGAUUACGCUGCUGCCCCUUCAAAUCCUCCACCGCCAGCAUACAACGAAGACAAUAACGGAUUGUUUACGGAUAAUAGCGCCACCACCGGUGGUUCAAAUGUUCCAACAAAUCCUUACGAUGAUGAUACUCAAGCUCGAUCAUUUGGUGAUAACAUUCCUGAUGAUUUCAAAUAUUCUGUUAAUGUUGCUAGUUGUGAAUUACCGCUUAGACAAUUAUUUAUUAGAAAAGUCUACUCUCUUUUAGGGGUUCAAUUAUUUGCAACUUUAUUAGUAGGGUUUGUGAUUAGAAGUUCAAGUUCGAUUCAAUCAUGGUGUUUAAAUAAUCUUUGGGUUUGGUAUGUUAGUUUAUUCCUUUCUUUUGGAUUUUUAUUCGGUUGUUAUUUUAAAGCUAGGUCAUACCCUAUUAAUCUUGUGCUCUUGGGAGGAUUUACGUUUUGCGAAGCUUACGGAAUUGGGUUAGCUACCUCGUUAAUUGAAAGUGAUGUGGUAAUAAAUGCCGUUUUAUUAACAUUCAUAAUUUUCAUUGGAUUGACAUUAUUCACAUUCCAAACAAAAUAUGAUUUUACAGCUUGGGAAUCAUACGCUGGACUAGGAGUAUGGAUACUUUUUGGAUGGGGUUUUCUCAUGAUGUUUUUCCCAAAUCAAUCAAGUUUUGUUGAAAAUUUAUAUGGAUUAAUAGGUUCAUUGAUUUUCUGUGUUUACAUCAUAAUUGAUACUCAAAAGAUUAUGACAGUUAAUCAUUUAGAUGAUGAGAUUAUAAGUUGUAUUCAAUUAUAUUUGGAUAUCAUUAAUUUAUUUUUGUUUAUUUUGAGAAUAUUAAACAAUAAUAGAAAUGACUAA